AGUCAACUCUGGGAGCGGAAAGCAUCGUCUGCUGUAGAGGUGCAGCUUAUUCUCUACGAUAUUGUUGGCCAUUAUCCGACGUCUUGUAGACAGAGUCAGAAGUUUGAGACUUAAAAUGUUGAAUCAAAUUUUGCGACCAGUCUCCCGAAAUGUUAUUCGUAGCGGAUCCCGUGCCUAUCAUCCGCCGACAGAAUUCAAGCAGCAAACAUUGAAUGAUUGUCCAGUACCACAGGGCUCAUGGCAAGCAAGGUAUGAUGCCAAGCAGAAGAAAUACAAUUUUGCUCUUUUCCUAGGGGUUGGCAGUUUGAUUGGAACCAUCAUAUAUGGCAAGGUUUCUGGUGUGUUAUACCUGAACUGGUACCCUCCAACCCCUAAAGAAUAAGUGUAAGAUAAUGGUAUUAGCUGUACUGUAUAGAUUGUAAAAUGUCGAGUAAUGUUUCAUCUGAGAUACAUCUCGUUCAUAUAAAAGAAUGGCUGUAACAUUCUGUAUUCUCUGUUGAAGAAGCAUUAAAAAUACCAAACCCAUUAA